AUGUCUGGUCGUUUCGUCCGCUCGUCGAAGUAUCGACACGUUUUUGGCCAACCCACAAGACGAGAACAAUGUUAUGAUAACUUGCGAGUGUCCCGCAAUGCUUGGGAUACCAACCUGCUCAAAGUUAACCCACAAUACCUGGCAGUCAACUGGGAGGCCGGUGGUGGCGGUGCCUUUGCAGUCAUUCCUCUUGAAGAGCGAGGAAAACUUCCCGAGAAGAUCCCAUUGUUCCGAGGACACACUGCCGCUGUUCUUGAUACCGAUUGGAAUCCUUUUAAUGAUUCAUUGAUUGCGUCCGGUGCCGACGAUGGCAAGGUCUUCCUCUGGCGUGUGCCUGAUAACUUUACCGUUCGCCCCGACGUUGAUGUCGACCAAGUUCAAGAUAUUUCCCCUGUCGGAAAGCUUAGCGGACACCCCAAGAAGGUCGGACACGUCUUAUUCAACCCCGCUGCCGAGAACGUGCUUGCCACAGCAUCGGGAGAUUACACGAUCAAGAUCUGGGAUAUUGAAGCUGGCGCCGCCAAAUACACGUUGAAAAUAGGCGAUAUCGUACAGUCUCAGUCUUGGAGCGCCAAUGGAUCACUUCUUGUGACCACAUCCCGUGACAAGAAAUUGAGGCUUUGGGAUGUUCGCCAAGAGCGCCCUGCCCAGGAAACUGCAGGACACUCUGGAGCCAAAAACAGCCGAGCUGUGUGGAUGGGUGAACACGAUCGAAUUGUCACCACAGGUUUCUCCAAGAUGAGUGAUCGUCAGCUUGCUCUCUGGGACGUUCGUGCGGUGCGAGAACCCAUUAGUGGAUUCAAGACUCUAGACUCCAUUUCUGGUGUUUGUGUUCCCUUCUGGGAUGAGGGUACUCAAUGUCUAUACUUGGCUGGUAAAGGUGAUGGCAACAUUCGCUACUUCGAGUACGAAAACGACAAAUUUGAGUUCCUUUCCGAAUAUAAAUCAGGCGAUCCCCAACGAGGUCUGGCUUUCAUGCCCAAGCGCGGUGUUAACAUCCACCAAAAUGAAGUCGUCCGAAUCUACAAAUCUGUGGCAGACUCAUAUAUCGAGCCUAUAUCAUUCAUUGUGCCUCGUCGGUCUGAAAACUUCCAAGACGAUAUCUAUCCUCCUACCACUGGUAUUACGCCUGCCAUGAGCUCCUCCGAAUGGCAAGCUGGCAAGGAAGCUAUCCCUUCCAAGAUCUCCAUGGAGGGUAUCUACGAUGGUACUGGGCUCAAGGAGGUAACUCCAACUCAGUCCAAGCCAUCAUCUACCAUCACCGCCGAUGCGCCAAAGCCGGCUGAGGCCGCCAAGCCUGCAGCUACUGAACCCGUCCGCGCUGAGCCUACCCCAGUCGUAGUGCGACCCGCCCCGUCAAUGAAGGAUCAAGGUGCCUCGAUGGCCGCAAUGGUUGACAAAUUCGCCGACGACGAUGAGGAGAAGGAAGAAGAGAUUGACGAUGCAUCUAGCUUUGAAGAAGUGACCAAGCCUGUGGAACGGGCCGCCUCGACACCCGUUAUCACAAAGUCCCCACCAUCUCCCAUCGAAGAAAAGGAGGCCACAACCCCUGUUGCUUCUACACCAACCAUCGAAACACCUAAAACUACCACCCAGAACCCUGCUGCUCCUUCGACCUCUGUGUCGGACGACAUUGCCGAAAUCAAGGCGUUGAUUGCUCAGCAGACCAAGACCAUUGCAUCCCAAGCCGAACAGAUGCAAAACCUCACUGCGGAGAUUGAAUCCCUCAAAGCCAAAAUCAACAACUAG